GAUCUAUGUGAACCACAUUUAAACGUGUGCAUGUGAACUGAAUAGACGUCAGUAGAGGAUAUAGAGCCUUGAAAGUAAAAAAAGAAUUAAGAGAAAUACGUUCGCAGCUAUUCUUUUGAGGCUUUUCUUCCAAUUUUGCAUAUGUUGACAAUGUUAUGGGCAAAAGAAAGCGAUCAGACUGGAUCAUCCAAUGGAAUUUACGUGAACAUUUUGCGCGAUUUGAAAGACCGCAACGCGACUGCAAUGCCUGAAAAGAAAUCGAUGGAAAGAAAGAGAAUUUUCGACUUAACUGAAUGCCUUCGACUCAAAGGAAAUCAGCAGUUUGGUGAACAAUUAUUUGAACAAGCAAUGGAAUGUUACAAUCGUAGUUUGUGCUACGCUGAAAAAGAUUCCGUCCAAAUGGCAAAAGCAUAUGCAAAUCGGUCAGCGUGCUUUUUUUCCAUGAAGAUGUACAACAAAUGUCUGACUGAUAUUGAACUCGCUCAAGCGGCUAACUGCCCCACUCUAAUUCGAACGAAAUUAGAACAACGAAGAGCAGAUUGUUUGCGAUUGAUUGAUGAGAAUAAUAGCGUCGAGGAUGUUUCCCAUUUCGCAAUGCCUCAGCUCAGUUUCAAAAGCAAUGCAAAGAUCCCGUUUAUGGCAAAUGUAUUGGACCUGCAAUACAACAGCGAAUUUGACAUUCAUGUUGUGGCAAAGCGGGAUAUCGAUGUUGGGAAAACGAUUAUUGUCGAGCCGUUUUAUGCGUACGUUCCGGGAACGGAUGAGAGUGGGUGUAGUGUGUGUGGCAAAUCAGAGCCUUCGAAUUUCAUUCCAUGUGAUACCUGCGCAGAAACAAUGUUCUGUUCCAAAGAAUGUGCAAAAACCAGCCAUCACAAUAUCGAAUGUAUAAAUGGUGUCUUCUAUGGUGAUUUGAAGAAAGAUGAUCCCAGCACAUUAAUGCGUACAAUGAUGUUCCAAUUCGUCGUGCGCACUAUCGCUAAAGCCUUUUGUAUGUUCGGUAAUGUAACCGAUUUCAUUUCAUUUGUUGAACAAUGCAUCGACGAAAAUCAAACAAAUGUGCCGUCAAUGGAGGAUGAUCGCUCCACGUAUGGAGCGUUUUUAAAAGUGCUUCGUCACAAAGACUACGUACCGAAAGAGUUGUGUACAGACGCCAUUGCCUUCGCAUAUGAGUCUCUUAUGAAGUCUGAUAUUGGAAAGGGCUUUGUUUUGGAAGCUCAACAGAAUUUCCUUGCUCAUCUGAUAUGGCACCAUCUAUCAAUUGGCUUAUUGAUCAACGAAUGUCGUUGGUCUGAUUUCGAUCAAUUGGACAGUUCACUCACCCUGACAAGUUCGUUUACCACCUUUUCUUGCACACCAAACACUGUUAUUUGCAGUGUGAAUGGCUACAGAGUUUUGACCACUGUGCGACCUAUCAAAAGUGACGAAAAAAUUAUGAUUUCGAGAUUUGGUGAUCAUCUGAACGACGAGCCUACGGAAGUUGAAGAACUCUUGAGUGCAACCAAGCGAAAUGUGAAAUGCAGCUGUGAUCGUUGUGCAAAGCGAUCGGCUUCACCAGCGGAACGACUUGCAAUGCGAAAAGAUCCUCACUAUCACAUCGUACAGCAAAAUCAUUCCAACGAACCGAAUGAUAUGAGUGAAAAUUUGCGUCUAAGAGGCAACGCUAUCGAAUUUUUGAGGAAAUUUGGUCGAUCGACUUGGUGUCCAGAAAUUGCAUUAGCAGUUGACUGUAUGGAUAAAUGUAUAUCUUUCCAAUGUCGGAAAGGAAAGAAGUAAAAGUGUUGCAUUUUUGAAAAGUUUUGACUUGUUCUAUUAAUUUUAUAUUUUGUGUUCCAUUUGCAUUUUCUGUUCUUUUGUGAAGUAAAUUAAUCUAAUGGAAUAAACUUUAUCGAUCCGAAGAUCGGAAAAUA